AUGGAUGCUGUGGAACUUGCCAGAAAGUUGCAGGAGGAGGCCAUCUGUGCCAUCUGCCUGGACUACUUCACCGACCCAGUGAUGACCACCUGUGGCCACUUCUGCCGCAAGCUCUGGCUGACCUGGGAGAGGGCCAAAGGCAGGAAGGGGAGCAGGAAGUGCAGGGGCUCCUUCCCCUGCCCUGAGUGCCGUAAGCUGUCCCCCUAGAGGAACCUGCGGCCCAACCGCCUGCUGACCAAGGUGGCAGAGAUGGCUCAGCAGCACCCCAGCCUGCAGAGCCAGGACCUGUGCAAGGUGCACCAGGAGUCACUCAAGCUCUUCUGCGAGGCAGACCAGAGCCCCAUCUGCAUGGUCUGAGAGUCCCGGGAACACCGGCCCCACAGCGUGGUCCCCAUUGAGGAGGCUGUGCAAGAGUACAAGUUGAAGCUGGAGAAGGACCUGGGGAGCCUUCAGGAGGAGAUGGCAAAGACCGAAGAGCUGCAGGCCAGGGAGAAGGAGCCAUGGCCAAGUGGCAGGCAGGCAGUGACAGAGUAGAGGCAGUGCAUCCUGGCAGAGUUUGAGAAAAUGGCAGUCUUUCUGGUGGAGGAGGAGCAGCACCUCCUCCAGGGCCUGAAGGAAGAGGAGGAGGAUGCAGCCAAACUGUGUGGGUGCUCAGCCGCCCUGGACCAGCAGCACCACUCCCUGAAGAAGUUCCUGCUGCAGCUGGAGGACAGGAUGGAGCGCGAACCACUGGAGAUGCUGCAGGAUAAGAAGAAACCCCUGGGCAGGAGGGACAGCCUGAGUGUACAGUACCCAGAGGCCAUCCCCACUGUGCUGAGGACGGUCUGCAGGGUCCCAGGACAAAUAGAGGUGCUCAAGAAUUUCCAAGAGGAUGUGGUGCCUAACUCUGCCACAGCGUACCCCUACCUCCUCCUGUACAAGAGCCUCCUGAGGCAAUACCUGAGCACCCCACUGGACAGCAUGCCCCAGAGCAAGGACAGGUUCCUGGCCUAGCCCUGUGCGGUGGGCCAGGAGACCUUCUCCUCUGGGAGGCAUUACUGGGAGGUGGGCAUGGACCUCACCGGAGAUGCACUGUGAGACCUGGGUGUGUGCAGAGAUGUGAGCCGGAGGGACAGGGUCCCUAAGUCCCCCGAAAACGGGUUCUAGGUGGUGCAGCUGUGCAAAGGACAGAAGUACAUGCCCUCAGCAAUUAUCCCAAACCCCAUCACACUGAGCAGGCCCUCAAGCCACGCGGGCAUCUUCCUGGACUUUGAGGCAGGGGUAUCCUUCUACAAGGUCAAGGACGGGGCCCACCUGCACACCUACUCCCAGGCCGCCUUCUCUGGGCCCUUGCUGCCCUUCUUCUGCCUCGGGACCCCCAAAUCAGGCCAGAUAGUCAUCUCUACAGUGACCCUGUGGGUGAAGGGAUAG